GAAGAAAUAUUAAAGAUCAAACAUUUUUCUUUGUGUUUAUUUGGUUCUUAUUCAACACAUUUGGUCAGAAUGACUGUAUGUUGUCAAUUAGACAAGAGAACUUUGUAUUUUAUUUUAUUUUUUAGCAUUUCAUGUUGGUCCUGUGCCAUAUUUGUAAUUUUUUUUAAUGAAAAAUGUUAUUUAGCUAAAAAAUAAAAGAUUGAAAAACAUUAAAAUAGAGAAAAGUGAUCAGAGGAGUGUUUUUUCCCUACUUUCUUUAUUAAAUUUUUAUAUAUUUUUUAAAUAUAAACUUUUUUUGCCCCCUACAACCUAACCGGGAUGUCCAGGAACAUGAAGUAGGUAAGUUUCAGGAUGAAGGGGGAGUGACUGGGGUGUCAGACAGAGGUGAGUAAGAGAUGAGUCAACAGCCCUCACUAUAAGAUGCUGCAUUAUGGUGCCCAACAGCACCAGACAACCGGACUCAAACCGAGGUAAGGUCAACUCUAAUUCCUCUCUUCGCAUGACUCUUUCUCUAUUUUAUUUUAUUUUAUUCCUCGUAUCAUCACACUUAGUUUAGUCUAACUUGGUAUUUUAUUUAUCUUUUUUUAUUAUGAAUAUUAUUCUAAAGUUACAUUUGUUAGAGAUGUCCUACACAGAUGACGUGCUGUGUACCUGUGGGUUCAGCCAGCACCUGAGCAGAGAGCAGUAGUGCUGCCAAACUCUGUGAUCUUUGUACCUGUGACACCGUCAGAUAGUCACUGGUGUCUCCAUCUCAAAUAUUUGCUGCUACAGUCGAACAUGCCGAGUUACAGGAAGGAAGCAAACAUAGGAGAAAGUCAACAUUCUGAUAUGAACUCAAGCCAGAUUUUUUUUUUUUUUUGGUUGUUUUUUGAACCAAAUAUCAAGUGGAGAAAAGUAAGCAAAUCUGAAUGUUAAGAAAGUCUUUGUUUCAAGAAAAAAGUCUUCACUAGCAUGUUAUUAGUUUGAGAAAAAAAAAAAAAAACAGAAAUUCUUGGUUUUUAAUUAAAGAAAAUCUCCCAAUUGGGAGGCUGUUUUUACAGUUUAAUCAUGUCAUCUUCUUUUUAUUCUCAUAGGACGUUUUGCACAGCUACAUACUUUAUUUCAAAGGAAAUAAACUGCGACCAUGGACUACACUCUGGUGCUUUUUGCCUUUCUAUUCCAAAGUUUGAAUGUGGCCACAGCCGCCCCCGUCAACGCAGAACUACAGGAGAUGAAGUCAAAUGUAAUAGACAUCACUAAAGAACUGUCUCUGAGACUGGAACAAAUCUUACAGACUUCUAUUGGCCCAAAGUUCUCUCCGCCGUCCGAUGAGCUGAACGGACUUCCCUCCAUUAUGGCCGUCUUAGAGGAAUGCAGCAGCCAAAUUUCAGACGACUUUGACGGGGCCAAAAAGAUCAAGGCUGACGUCUCUGCACUGAUUGACAAUAUGUCUGAAUGGAUGGAAAAGCACUGCGGGGAGGCGCCCUCGGCCCCAACAGAGAAUCAGACAUCCAGACGGUUCAGCAUCACUGAGAGCAUGCAGGCUGUCACCAGGCUGAAGAACUUCCUGCUGCUGCUGCCCAACAACUCCAACCAGCUGGAAAUCUGUUGAGACAUUUUGGUCUCUUAACUCCUGGAUUUAUUUCAAACUACGAGGGACUUUUGUGAACAAAAUUGUAUUUAUUAAGCAUAUUUAUGGAUUAUUCUGCACCUAAGUAACUUUGUUGUCAUUAUAUAUUUACAUUUAAAUAUUUAUGAAAAUGUUGUUUUAUACACUUAAUGUUUUUAGUUAUAUAUAUAUAUAUAUUUAAGUAUUGCUGCUUCUUAGCAGGCAGCAACAAAAUUAACAUUACAUUAGUGUAAUGAUUACAGCCUGUCAGGAACAAGGUUGUCUUUUAAGGAAAUUCCUUAAAAUCAACAUUGGUGAGUUUCUAUGACAACCAAAGAGUAUAAAUGAAUGGAAAAAUUGCAUUUUAAUAUUAUCACUUAGUUAAGGAUAAGUGCUGCAAAAUAUUUUGUA